ACGCACCACUGAACACUCCUAUAUAAAUACCCUGUACUUUCUAAUCAAACCAUUUCUAAAGUGAGCAUGAGCGAGCGCUUUUAAGGGAUUCACAAGUGAGCGUCGCCUAGCCAGUACCUCUGUCUGUCUCCGUGGCUCCCUCCCUCCCUCACUUGUUCGAUUAGUCAUCUCCUUCGUUCCGAUAAGAUCUUAAAAAUGCCGACGCAAUCCCCAACCGUCCUAGGGUUCUCCGUCGUCUCCAUCCCGCUCUUAUCGGCCAUCGUCGGCGGCGUGCUCAUUCUGCUCUUAUUCGCGGAUUACUUCCGCCGGAAGCGAGCUGAGGUCGCGACGCUGGAGCUCAAAACUGCGGACCAAAAGCCAGCCGUAAAACCCCCUCCACCCGCCUCAAGAAAGCCCCACUCGAGAUCUCACCACUCUCAUGCUUCGGAUAAGGAUCAGAACAAGCGACAUCAUCCCCUUGAUAUCAAUACCCUUAGGGGUCACGUUGAUGCUGUUAAUGCGCUUUGUUUCUCUUCGGAUGGCAGGAAUCUGGCUACCACUUGUUCGGAUGGAGUUGUUAGAGUCUUCACUGUGGACGAUGUUUCCAAUAAAAGUUUCAAACUUCUGAAGAUAAACCUGCCAGCUGGUGCGCAACCUACUGCCAUUGCUUUUCUGGAGGAAGCUUCUUCCCUGGUUGUGGCUGCUCAUGUUCUUUCGGGUUCCUGUCUGUAUAUGUAUGGCGAUGUCAUUUUGAAACCUGUUGGUGACAGCAAGCAGCCGGCUAAAGUUCCUGCACCAGAGAUCAAAUGGGAGCAUCAGAAGAUACAUGAGAUGAGGUCUGUGCUGACUCUUGUUGGGGUCCCUGCAACUUAUGGAACUGGUGAUGGGAGCAUGAUCGUCGCUUCUUGCUCUGAAGGCACUGAUAUUAAACUGUGGCAUGGCAAAAGUGGUAAAGAGUUGGCAACUGUUGACACAAAUCAGUUGAAGAAUAACAUGGCUACUAUAUCUCCAAAUGGACGUUUCCUAGCUGCUGCAGCUUUUACUGCAGAUGUGAAGGUUUGGGAAAUACUUUAUGCAAAGGAUGGUUCUGUGAAGGAGGUUUUGAAAGUCAUGCAAUUGAAGGGACACAAGAGUGCUGUCACUUGUUUGUGCUUCACCCCAAAUUCAGACAAUAUAAUUACUGCAUCAAAAGAUGGUACUAUUAGAAUAUGGAAUAUCAACGUGCGCUAUCACCUAGACGAGGAUCCAAAGACCUUGAAAGUGUUCAAGAUUCCCCUUAAGGAUGCUAAAGGCACUCCUUUACCAUAUGAUCAUAUGAGCAUCUCACCUGAUGGCAAAAUUCUUGCCGUCACUUGUGGUCCUACAUUGCAGUGGCUGUGUGCUGAAACGGGGGAGGUUUUGGAUACAGCUGAUAAAUCGCAUGAAGGUGACAUUACAGGCAUUGCGUGGGCUCCUCAAGCGAUUCCAAAUGGGAACAUUCAGGCAGCUGUUUUAGCAUCAGCCAGUACUGACAAGAAAGUAAAGCUAUGGUUGGCUCCAGAACUGCAUCCAUCAUGAGCGUCGCAAAAACAUCAUCUUCCGCUAAAAAAAUCUUCCAAAAAGUUUUAACCGAUAAGAAAAUUUGCCAGAGGGCUUCAGGAGUAAAAUAACCUCUUUGAUUUUUUUUCCCCAUAGAGCGCACUAAUGAAGAAAACGGUGGAUGCUUCUUAAUCAGAAAUCACAUGUCAUCAGACAAUUUUUGUGGUACUUUUUAUAUCUCAAUAAAUCAAGCUCAGUUCAUCAUGAUUAUCAAUAUUAUUUUCUUCAGCCUUAUUCAA